AUGAACUUGGACCCAUUUGGUGUUUCCUCUGAAGAUUGCUGGGCUGUCCUGGAUUCUGUCGGACUGAGGAACUUGGUUGAGGACCACGGGGGUCUUGCAGCUGGGAUGGCCGUCGAUAUGCUAUCCCAAGGGCAAAAGCAGCUGUUCAGUUUCGCCCGCGCCCUACUACGGCACAGAACAAGGGCCAGGAGUCUUAGCAAUAGCUAUGGUGAGACAGGCGCGGCGCAGCGGGGAAUCCUGCUCCUCGACGAGUUCAGCUCUGGUGUUGACUACGACACCGACAGGGCCAUGCAAAAGAUUAUCCGAGAGGAAGUUGAGGCCUACACGGUCGUCAUGGUUAGUCACCGGCUGGAGAUGGUCAUGGACUUGGACAGGGUCAUCAUGAUGGAUGCCGGCAGUGUUGUGGAGACGGGGCGGCCUUCGACAUUAAUCGAAAAGGAGGGAUCCAAGUUCAGGGAUCUGUGGAUGGUUGGCCGCGAGAAAACAUGA